AUGUCAACUGAUUACGUUACUCAAAAGGGUCAGGCCUUUGACAGAGCUGCUUUUGAGUCUUUGUUGCGCCGCAAGGUGUUCCUGUGGCAGAGUUUCGAGCCUUACGGCUCAGUCAAGGGUCUCUUCGAUUAUGGCCCUCCCCUUGAGCAGCUUGAGAGUCAGGUCAUCCAGAUCUGGCGUGAUCACUUCAUUCGCUCUGAGAAGAUGAUGGCUCUCAAGUGUUCUAUGCUUACCCCUUAUGAAGUCUUGAAGACUUCUGGUCACGUUGACCGCUUUGCCGAUUACAUGUGCAAGGACCCUAAGACUGGUGAAAUUCUUCGUUCAGAUCACUUGAUUGGCGACGUGCUCGAAGCUCGUCUCAAGUCUGACAAGGAGGCUCGUGGUGAAAAGGUCGAGGAGAAGGAAGAGGACCCCAAGAAGAAGAAGAAGCAAUCAAAGGCCGCCAAGGGUGCCGUCAAGCUUGACGAUGCUGUCCGCCAGGAGUACGAACACGUUCUUGCCAUGCUCGAUGACUACACUGGUGAGGGUAUGGGUGAGCUGAUCAAGAAGUACGAUAUCCGCAACCCCUCUUCCGGUAACGAGGUUGAGCCUCCUGUUUCGGUCAACCUCAUGUUCCAGACUCAGAUUGGUGCUUCUUCCAACUCUCCUGCUUUCCUCAGACCUGAGACUGCUCAGGGUCAAUUCCUCUCUUUCCAAAAGCUCCUCGAGUACAGUGAUGGCCAGCUUCCCUUCGCCUCUGCUUCCAUCGGUUACUCUUUCAGAAACGAGAUUGAGCACUUCGUUGACCCCGAGGGCGGCAAGGCUCACCCCAAGUUCCACACCGUUGCUGAUGUCAAGCUUCCUCUCCUUGACCGCAACACUCAGACUUCCGGCAGCACCAAGCCCACCAUGGUCGCCAUCGGAGAGGCCGUCAAGACUAAGUUGGUCGACAACGAGACCCUUGGUUACUUCCUUGUUCGCAUCUACCAGUUCAUGCAGAAGAUUGGUAUCGACAUGAACAAGCUCCGCUUCCGUCAGCACAUGGCCAACGAGAUGGCUCACUACGCUUCCGACUGCUGGGACUGUGAGUUGCUCAACAGCUACGGCUGGACUGAGUGUGUUGGCUGUGCAGACCGCUCUGCUUACGAUUUGUCUGUUCACGAGAAGGCUACUGGAACUGUCCUUCGUGCCCGUGAGCAGCUUAAGAACCCUGAGACUAUCGAGGAGUGGGUUCCUGUCAUUGACAAGAAGAAGGCUGGUCCUAAGUUCAAGAAGGAUGCCAAGGCCAUCGAGAACGCUCUUGAGGCUCUUUCUCAGGAGAUGAAGGAGAAGCUCCAAAUCACCAUGGAGUCUGAGGGCAAGGCUGAGGUUCCCGUUGAGGAUAUCGCCGCCGGCAAGGUCGAGAUUGACACCUCCAUCGUCAAGUUCGAGAAGCAAAAGAAGACUAUCACUUUCCGUGAGUUCGUGCCCAACGUCAUCGAGCCUUCCUUCGGUAUUGGUCGCAUUCUUUACUCUCUCAUGGAGCACAGCUACUGGACUCGUGAGAACGAUGAGGCCCGCUCCGUUCUUUCCUUCUCACCUGUCGUCGCUCCCAUCAAGGUUCUCGUCUGCCCUCUCCAGAAGGACCCCAAGUUUGCUCCUCUUAUUGCCAAGCUCGAGGAGGCCCUCGACAACAAGUCUAUCUCAUUCAAAAUUGACCAAACUGGUGUCAGUAUCGGCAAGCGUUACUCUCGUAACGACGAGCUCGGUAUUCCAUUCGGCAUUACCAUCGACUACGAGGCUCUUGACGAUGGCAGCCUCACUCUCAGAGACCGUGAUUCUACCAAGCAAGUGCGCGCUAGCCAGGCUGAUAUUAUCAAGGCAGUUAGCCGUAUGGUGAAGGGCAAGGAGACUUGGGCUGAUGUCGUUGCUCGUCUACCAGCCUACGAGGGCCAGAAGGAGGCUGCUGAGUAG